ACAGAGUGAACCAGCCCCGCUGCUGCGUUCUAUAGUCGCCUCAUCUCCCGCUUCUAGCUCCUUCUCCUCUGUGCAGACUGCUCUGUGAAAACGCAGCAGGUUAUGCCACCCCAAAGGCUUCCUGGAUCCCCAGCAGUGAAAGAGAAGGGCUGAUCCCGUCCUCCUCCAGGUUCCUGCCGUGCAGCCCUUCUUUCCCUCUUUCUCUCUCCUGCUUAUUCCCCUCUCCCAAAGAUAUAAACCCUACCUGACCCCAACACCUAAACACUUUGACCUUUGUCACCCACUUCUUGGACCACUCUUGUUGGUCCAGUCACGUCCACCGCAUCAUCUUCCUCACAGCAAUUCCAUAGCCAGUCUCCCCUCAUUCCAGCCACACUAGUCCACUUCCGUGCGGGACCCUGCACGUUUUAGAGGUCUGCUCUACCCUCUGGCUGCUUGCCGGGCCCCAUGGCUACAGGAGGUCAUGCCCCUGACAUAGAUGUGUUAAUAAACCUACAGCAGGUAAGGGUGGAAGAGGAAGAUGAGGAUGGAAGCGUGGAGGACCAGGAGGAAGAAGAGGAGGAAGAGAACUGGGAGAAAGCUCUGUCCGUGGAGCGCUUUGCAGACAUCAUCAGUGACUCUGCUUCUACCAGUGGAGACAGGAUGGGGCGACACUACACUGAGAAAGACUUUGAGUAUCACAGACACACAUUUCACCAUAUGCACCACCCCUUGUCCACUCACCUGCCUGUGCCCCAGCGUUUACGGAAGAGGGUACACAGCAUGGAGAAGAGGCGCAAAAAGAAGCGCAGGAAAAAAAAGACCUCACUGCCGCCUUCUGACGUUACGCCUACCAUACACGAGGUAGAUGAGGAAGAGGCAGAGUCGGAGACCGAAGGGCAAGGGGUGGCUGUCACUCCCACAGAGCUCCCUGAGGUCCAGCCACAGUUUAGUUUGGGGAGCCAAGAGGACUUGGGGGAACCCCUUCACCACACUAUCGUCCACACGGAAAACGAAGAACAACCUUUGUCGAGGAAAACAACCGCGCUGACUCUGACAAAGGGGGCGGCUCAUAAUGGGGGAAUAACUGUUACUGGACAGAACGAUGACAUGGAUGGAGGAGAAGCAGCAUGCAACAGUGUUCCCUCAGGAUCAGAUCCCUCAAGUUCAAUCACACCUCAUGGCUGGUUCCGCAAGAAGCCUGUCCACCACCGUCUGCCGGGCACCCAGCGAAGCAACUACGACCUGCGGGAGCGGAUCUGCAUCGGCAGCAUGACUGCCCUGGAGACUGCCGUCUAUCAGCAGGUGCCCACUGAUGAGGCUGAAGCCCAAAUGUUGGUCAGCGCUGAUCUGGAUGACAUGAAAAGUCACAGAUUUGAGGAUAACCCCGGGGUGCGUCGGCACCUGGUGAAGAAGUCGUCCCGAUGUCACAUGAGCCGAACCAGCAACAGUUCUACGCCGCUGUCCAGCCUGAAGAAGAAGAAGAGGGCUGCGGAAAAGAAAACUCACGAGUUGUUUGUGGAGCUGAAUGAGCUGAUUGUGGAGAAGGACCAUGAAAUGCGAUGGAAGGAGCGUGCUCGCUGGAUCAAGUUCGAGGAGGAUGUGGACGAUGAGACGGACCGCUGGGGAAAACCUCAUGUGGCCUCACUGUCCUUCCGCAGCUUGCUGGAGCUUCGCCGCACCAUCACACAUGGUGCCAUCCUAUUGGACCUCGAACAGACCUCUCUGCCCGGCAUCGCCCACCUGGUCGUGGAGACGAUGAUCAUUUCCGAUCAGAUCAGAGCCGAGGAUAGGCCCAACGUUCUUCGGGCCCUGCUUCUCAAACACAGCCAUCUAAGCGAUCACAAAAAUCGUUUUCAUCGCCACCACUCAUCCGGCAGUCUUCAUGGCAGCUUCAACCACAACCACGUCCACGACACCAACCAGCCAUUGGUGUCCGAAGAGCACGAUGAGCACCACGAACACAAAGGACCCGUGUAUGAUCCCAAACAAGACGUUUUUGUUAGCCUGUUUAAAUCUCUCCACCCUCUGCCGGAGACUCAUCCAGCCACAGCCAGAUCUAUGAAACUUCUCGCCAAGAUUCCCAAAGACGCUGAGGCGGUCAUUGUUUUAGUUGGUUGUGUUGAAUUUCUGGAGCAGCCGGCUAUGGCCUUUGUCAGGCUGAGCGAGGCAGCCCUUCUGGAGUCGGUGCUUGAGGUUCCCGUCCCUGUUCGAUUUAUUUUUGUCCUUCUCGGUCCCAGUCAGUCCAACAUGGACUAUCAUGAAAUUGGACGUUCUUUCUCCACUCUCAUGUCAGACAAGAACUUCCAUGAGGUUGCCUACUUUGCUGAUGACAGACAAGACCUCCUGAAUGGCAUCAAUGAAUUCCUGGACUACAGCAUCGUGAUUCCACCGUCAGACGUGGAGGGAAAAGACCUCCUGAAGACAGUGGCUGACUUCCAGAAACAGAUGCUGCGGAAGAGAAAGGAAAGAGAGCUAAAGAAGCACAGCUCCUUAAUUGGAGUAGAGUCAGAAAUCAAAGAGGUGAGUCCUGAGGAGGAGGAGGAGGGAGAACAGGAAGUGGAUCCAUUAAAGCGCUCAGGAAUGCCGUUUGGAGGUUUGAUCCACGACAUCCGCAGACGUUACCCGCAAUAUGUGAGCGACUUAAAAGACGCCCUGGACAUGCAGUGCAUUGCUGCUGUCAUCUUCAUCUAUUUUGCCGCACUGUCACCCACUAUUACCUUUGGAGGCCUCCUGGGAGAGAAAACAGAGGGCAUGAUGGGAGUGACUGAACUCAUUGUUUCCACUGCAACUAUCGGAGUUAUAUUCUCACUGCUUGCUGGACAACCCCUUCUCAUCACUGGCUUCUCUGGACCCUUACUGGUGUUUGAAGAGGCCUUCUAUAAGUUUUGUCAGGUCUACAACUUUGAGUACCUGACUGGUCGAGUGUGGAUCGGCUUCUGGCUCAUCUUCAUCGUCCUGGUGAUUGUGGCAGCAGAGGGUAGCUUCCUUGUCCGCUACAUCUCACCUUUUACACAGGAGAUUUUUGCUUUCCUCAUCUCCCUCAUCUUCAUCUAUGAAACUUUCUCUAAGCUCAUCAAGGUUUUUAAGGAACAUCCACUGAUGGCAGUGUAUCCCACUGACGCCAGUGGGUCUCAAAAUUUGGAUGGUCCCAUAUUCAACCAGCCUAACACUGCUCUUCUAUCUCUGGUGCUCAUGAUGGGUACUUUCUUUGUUGCAUUCUUUCUCAGGAAGUUUCGAAACAGCCGGUUUUUAGGUGGCAAGGCCAGAAGGAUUAUCGGUGACUUUGGCAUCCCGAUCUCAAUCUUAGUUUCAGUACUGGUGGAUUACGCCAUUACUGACACUUACACACAGAAACUCAAUGUGCCAUCAGGUUUUUCUGUCACGUCUCCUGAUAAGAGAGGUUGGUUUAUCAGCCCCUUUGGUGACAAGAAGCCCUUCCCCACUUGGAUGAUGGGAGCGUCUGUUGUUCCUGCCCUGCUUGUGUUCAUUCUUAUUUUUAUGGAAACUCAAAUUACUUCGUUGAUAGUCAGUAAGAAGGAGCGUCGGCUGGUUAAAGGCUCCGGCUUCCAUCUGGAUCUCCUGCUCAUUGUCAUCCUGGGUGCCCUCUGCCCCCUUUUUGGCUUGCCAUGGCUCACGGCAGCCACUGUGCGCUCUGUCACUCAUGUUAACGCGCUCACAGUGAUGAGCAAGGCCACAGCUCCUGGAGAAAAGCCCAUGAUCCAGGAGGUGAAAGAGCAGAGGCUCACCGGACUUCUUGUGGCUGUGCUUGUUGGUAUGUCCAUAGUGAUGACAGAUAUUCUCCGCCUCAUCCCUCUGGCUGUGCUCUUCGGGAUCUUCCUGUACAUGGGGGUCACCUCUCUGACGGGCAUCCAGCUGUACGAACGCAUAACGCUUAUGGUCACGCCUGCCAAGCACCACCCGGACCACAUCUACGUCACCAAGGUGAAGACAUGGCGCAUGAACAUGUUUACCAUCACCCAGCUGGCAUGCAUCGUGGCUCUGUGGGUAGUGAAGUCUACUUCGGCCUCCCUGGCGUUCCCCUUCGUCCUCAUCAUGACGGUGCCGCUGCGACGCCUCAUCCUCUCUAGGAUCUUCGAGGAGCGUGAGCUCCAGGCGCUGGAUUGUGAUGAAGAUUCGCCCAACUUUGAUGAAGACGGACGAGAUGAGUACAAUGAGAUCCACAUGCUUGUAUAAAUUUAAGCUGGAACCAGCUAAAAGGAUCACCUACACCCUGCAGGUCUGACUAAUCGGAGGAAGCAAAUCUUGGAAACCUCAUUGUCUCUGGAUAGCAAGAGGAGCUUCUGCAAUGGUGUUUGUAAAAUAUACAGAAUCUAUAGCUGGAUAAGCACUUUUUACCUUUAUUUAAUCCAGUUUUUCUUUUUUUAAAGCACAUCUAAUGUUAGAUCUUUGUGGUGGUGUCGAUGUCUUAACCCUGACAGAAAUAGCUCUGAAUGCAUACCUGAAGUGGACUAUACAAAUCUAGCAACAUACGUAACUAACAUGAACUCUUUUGACCUGAUGUCUCCCUUUAAUUAGUAUGCAGGUUCUGGGCAUAAGUGCAAUGAUAAUGGGGACCUUUAGGACUGCAGCAGGCUUGAUUAAUUCAGGCUUAUUUUGGCACUGAUCUGUGAGAAAGGAAAAAUUUUCUUUAAUGAGGAGAGGAUUUCAAUCAAACUUAAUAAUUUUUUCAGAUGAACUUUCUCUAAAUGUAAAGCCUUCAAUGGGUUUUACUGCCUCUGUUGUUAAACUGCCUUUUUCCUUUGUAUUACUGCCUUUGUCUAUAGGUUGCAAUGGUGUGCAAACAAGGAGUUAAGUCAGUCCUUUUCCUUUCUGUACAGACUUGUAGGAAAAAAGGUCAUGUUUCUCUCUGCCAACCCAGCUCCCUGGCACAAGUCCUCAUCUCUAAAUGUAGUCUCCCAUGAAGCCAAAAUCCCCUAGAGACUGUGCCUCUUCAUGGGCUGCCUCUGUACUUUUUUAAGGUGAUUAAUGCCCUCCACUGAUCCCAUUAUUAUGACCUUGGAUGUAUAAGUAAAUAGCUAACAUGGUCUAAACCUAUUUUUCUACUUUGUUGUAUCUAUUUAUUUUGUGACCUUUUGGACUUAAUGCUAUACCAUGUUCUUAGUGGUAUUUAGAUUUCAGAUAGCUUAAGCUACUCUUAGAGUUAGGGUAAAAUGUAAAGAACAUUGUGUAGAGUGACACGUUCUUUAUUUAAAGUAUCUGUCAGUUUUUUGCUAAAUUUGGUAUAUUUUUUAAGAGAUGUCAUGAAUAACGCACUUGGCUAACACAGACACGAUAGUACUGAAAAUGUUGGAGAGCAUUUAAACAUUUGCAGGAUGCAUGAAGGUUGCAUUGCACAGAAAGACUGUGAGCUUGGGAUUGUAAUUUACCAUCUAUUUUUGGAGUUAUCCUAUAUUGCAGCUAACACCUGCUGCUUCAUUAGGUACACCUGUUCAUCUCUUUGUUAUCGCAAAUCUAAUCAGUCAGUCGUACUGCAGCAACUGCAGCAAUGUAUGUAUGCAUAUAGACAUAGUCAAGAUGACUUCUUGAAAUUUGGCCAAGCAUCAGAUUUGGGAAGAAAGGUGUUUUUAAGUGACUUUAAAUGUGACAUGGUAGUCGGUGAUAGGCAGUCUGGUCCGAGUAUUUCAGAAACUGUUGAUUUGCUAGGAUUUUCCCACAAAACCAUCUCGAGGGUUUAUACAGAAUGGUCUGAAAAAGACCAUUCAGUUCUCUUUCUGGGUGAAAAUGCAUAGUUGAUGCCAGAGGUCAGAGGAGAUUCUGCUUUGAGCUGAUAGGAAGGCAGCAGUAGCUAAAUUAACUGCUCAUUGCAGCCAAGGUAUGCAGAAGAACAUCUUUGAAUGAACAACAUAUUGAACCUUGAAUCGGAUGAGCUACAACAGCAGAAGACCACACUGUACAUCAUUUUUGAUGGCUCUUUCCUGCAGGAUGCAUGCCAGGUCAAAAACCUCAAAUGCCCUCCACCAGAUCUCAAAGGGGGUCCAACCUGGUACUACCUAAGGUGUACCUAAUGAAGUGUAGUUUUUGACACAUGCACAUUUUCAGAAGCCUUACUUAUUUCUGCCACACAGAAACACAUAACAGCUGCUGUACAUAAAACAACAAAAAAGCUAAAACUAAUUUAUUAAUUAGUGUUAGAAAUUGGUGUGAUUUUACUAUAUUUGGAUCAAUGGUCCAUUUAUGGUCAGCAAUUAAAAGCUUAGGAAUUGAAAGAAGAAGCUUCACAUUUAGAUGUUUUGAGGAUAUUCACUGUCUGGUUCACCAAACAUUAGGAUUAUAAAGUUUAUUUGUAUUGAUUUAAAACAGACAGGAGUUGUUGAAUGCAACAAAAAAAAGUGAGCACAUUGGGUUCUGGUCUUUUUCCAUGUUUGCAUUCGGUGGUUCCCUUGCUUUUAUCACUGACACACUCGGGAAGCGUCAGCUGAGUCCUGGGGAUUCUAACUGGGUGGAUAUCUGCAGAAAGUCACACAAACCCAAUUGUCUGCUGUUUUUUCUUACAAUAUCUUGAUGGCACACUCUUUGAUCACAUUCAAUGAAAGUGGAAAAGAACAGCAGAGAUGAUUGAACCCAAACCCAAAUUCCUCACUCUGGGGGAUACUUGGCAAAAAAGUUAAUUCAACAUGAAAGUCUGUUUCUUUGCACUGUUACUACCAAAAAGUAUGUACUGCUAACAUUUAGUCUAUGAACCAUUUAAAAGAAAACAGUGCAUAGUAAGUUAGGAGAGAGAGGGACUGCUUGGCAGCUGAAGAGGUUUCUAUAAAUUGCUGGCAAACAAGGCCAAAACCCCACUAUAAACAUACUUUAAAUGGUCAGCAAUGUACUGUUAUUCAUGCACAUGAAGAAAAAUGUAUAUCUUAUUUCACAUAACCAUGCCCUACAUUAUGAGCCAUGCAAGGAUUCAGUCUCAGGGGAAACUGACCUUUGAUCUGUAAAUAUUGCUCCCCAGCCUUUAGUUUGUUACUUUGUGUAAAUAAAGCGGUCAAGGCAAUCCGGCGCUUGCUAUGUAAAAAUCUAUGGCUUACAGUCCCGGCUUUUAUGUUGUACAAUGUAGGAAAAAGAGGUCAAGUGCAUAGAAUUAUGUGUUUACUCCAGUGAAGUGACAUAGAAGUUUAACGGUAAAUUAAUCCCUCUUUCCCCCCUAGAUUGUUCUCUGUAGGCCUGCACUUGAAGCUCCACUUUGAUGUGAAGCGUACACCUGCUGCAGUCUGUAUUUAAUUCUGCAGUUCCCUGAGUUAAUGAGUAACACAAUGUGCUUUGAAUUAGCACUCUGUAGCAGUUUCAUUUAAAAUGGGCUGCGUUAUUAAUGGACCUUUUCAACCAUGUGUUUAUGUUUCAGGAGUUUACAGAGACUGGAAUGGCAAACUGAGGGCAGAGACAGUGAGGUAUUUUCUUCAUUAUACGCACCCCUAUCCGUAUUCGUGACAUUAUUGAAUGUUUGCCUCUGACUGAGUGUGUUUUUAGGGGCAGGAACUUGAUUUAUGGAAGUUCACUAAUGACACAACUAUGAGUGGUCACCAUGUUAGAAAGCGCACUGCCAAAUAAUUUUGCAAAAAAAAAGAAAAAACUAUUUUUGUUGUUGAUGUUUUGGGUUUUUUUUAACUCUUCAUUUUUUGUGACAUUUAUGUAUUUUUUGUAACCUAGAUUUAUUUAUAAAAUGUAAGAUAAACUCUAGAUUGCCCUGAGUAAGCAAGCAUCCCUCAUAUUUUCUGCCUUACAGACAAUUUUUUCAGUUUGUAUUCAUCUCAUUUACAAGGACGACAGUUCAUUUGAAAUAACCUGGACUACUUUCCACUGUAGUUGUCACCCUGAAAGCUGUACUUGCUAGUUGUAGUCUGUGAGUCCAAAAGACAUUUAGCAAGCAGCAUGUGGAUGGUAUUGUGGCAAAAACAAUGUGUAAUGACCAUUUUUAAACACCACGGCCAACCAAAGAAUUGUUGCUUCCUAUAUCCAUUUCUUUAUGACCCCAAUGUUCCAAUCUUCCGCUGGCUUCUUCCAGCAGGCUAACACACCAUGUCACAAAGCUCAAGUGAUCUUAAACUAGAGUUCAGCUAUCACUCCAAUUGAGCAUCUUUGGGAUGCAAUGCAAUGGGAGAUGGUAGAUGUGCAGCCAACAAAUCUGCAGUAACUGUGCAAAGCUAUGCUAUCAUGUCAGUCUGAACCAAAAUCUCAGAGGAAUGUUUCCAUCACCUUAUUGAAUCUGUGCAAUGAAGGAUUAGGCCAGCUCUGAAGGCAAAAUUGGGUCCAACCUGUUAAUAGCAAGGUGUACCUAAUGAAGUGACCAGUAAGUGUAUAGUUUUAUUUAAAAAAUGAAAAUGAAAAGCAUUUAUAAAUCUGUUUAGGCAGACUAACAUUGUUUAAUAGUUUGUUGAAAGCUUACAUUUGUUCUAUGUCUAAUAGUUUUGUCAAGAUUUAACUUCCAUACCUAAAAAGCGCACACCUAUGUUAGUUGUACACAGAGCACUAAGUGCAAUACUAUGAGAGACUAAGAGUAGAUGCUGUACAGCCAGCUAUGAGUGGCUGAGAACAUGAGAAUCAAAAGGGGGGUAAAGAUUUUAUUUUUUAAAGUAAAAUGCCUUGUUGGUGCCAUUAAUAACUAAAUAUGCAGUGAAAGCUUUGAUAGUUCAUUUUUUAGCCAAAGUUGUUGUCUGUCAACAAUGCUGUGCUGAUUCGACCUGUGAUGCUGAAAGAGGCCCUGAGGUGUAUGCCCGAUACAAGUGUGUGUGACACGAGCUGCUGUGUCUGUGGAGGCCACAGCCUAAAAAGAACCAGCAAACACUCUUACCAAAACAUCCAUUCAGUAUUUACACAAGAGAAAAAGUGGAAUUGUGGGUAUUAUUAAGAUAAGAAAAGGUGUGGCGCUGCCUCUUGGUCCUGUCUGGUGUUGGAUGUCAGAACACACGAGAUGUAAAGAAAAGUCGUUCUGGUCUUUCUGACCCUUAAAAAAAAUUCUGUCAUGUCAACGUUCUCACGUCACCUCAUUUUGUCGCCUUAUGCCUCAAUGGUAGCAGGCCAGGCCACCCACCCAAUUCUAAGACUUGGCUCUGUUAUUUUUGAACCAAGGCUAAUCCACUGUCAUCAGCUUGAGUAAAGACGUCUGACAAGCUUGGGUUUUUAGCAUAUGGAAUAGUGUACUCGGUUUGACCAUAUAUAACUAUAAAUCAGAUACAUGUGAAACAAGAUUAACUACUACAAGGAAUGCAGUAGUACUGAUAUUUUCUUAAGAGCAACACAAAUAUGGUGGAUGCUGAAGGAAUACCAUUAUUUUUUUUUCUGUCUUUGGUAUCAGAUUUUCCUCAUCUCCUGCUGUAAAUUAAAUACUAUCUCCAGCAUUUUCUUUUUUUAAUGAUCUUUUUUGUGGAUAGUAUUUAUUAUUCAUAGAACAUACGAGUUCAGUUCAGUGAGAAACACCUAUGAUUUUUAAGACUAUGCCAUUUCUUUAUGCUGAAGUCACACUAGGGAAAACAAAAUGAACAAAACUAUUGUGACCGUGUGUUGCAGGUCUGCAACCACUCACAGUCAGUUGUACUCUUCAAAGCAAAUUUACUGAGUCCACACGGUGAUAAAAGAGCACUAAGAGUCAGUAGGACGUGGUUUUACCUGUGCAAAAUGACGCAAGCACUCUGCAACCUUGUUUUUAAUAGAGGAAUAUAAUCAGGAUACAAGCAGCCGGCAACCACUUGAGUCGAGUCCCGUACUGCAAGGAGUUGUCGCAGUCGAGUUGCACUCAUCUGCACAGACCGACUCUUUCUGUGCCUACAAAAUACACAAUGAUUAUUUGAAAACCUUUCCCAGUCUGAGAGCGAUCACAGUGAGUCCCAUUCCCACCAUGAAUAAGUUGCCUCCACUUGGCAAUCUGUGCAGUUGCCUUCCAGUUGAAAGUGGUUGCCCAGAGGUUGAGGGCGUCGCCCACUCAACCUCUGGGUGACCAGCUGGUCGACACAAGUAGUUGCACUUGGUCUUUGACAGCAACAAAAUUCCAUGAAAUCACUGUGCAACCACCAGUUUUUUUUUUAAUCUUAAGGACUGUUUUUACUCUAGUGUGACUGAUCCACGAAAGAUAAAACGACUAUACGUUUCUCCCAGCAUGGUGUAAGCUGCAUUAAGCAAGGUUUUAAUAAGAUCCAGACCAAAGAACUCUACAACACACAACAGCUAGCGAGUCCGUGUCUCAUGAUCAGCGGUUCAGCAGUUAAUUGGGACUCCCUGUUAUGCACAAGGUGUGUUUUUGGUGGCAAGAUUACCUGCUGACAAUUAAUGGUCCCGUUUUAGAGACCCGCAUUAGCAAAUUGGAGAGAGAGAGCACUGAAAGAUAUGAUGCUAAUGUUCUUUUUCAAUCAUGAAAUUAAAAACUCAGCCAAGUAGCAAAUCAUAUUUGUUUUCCACUCUUUCGCUUAGAUUUGCUUAUUAGGGUUAGGUGCUACUUGGUUAACUUUACCUGCAUGUUGAGGAACAAGGAGUUUGAAGUGGCACUUAUUUAAUUAACCGGGUGCCUCAGGUAACAAAUACCAAAAAACACCUUGUGAAUAAAUGAUGCUAGAGUCUUAUUAGACAUAAUAUCACCAAUUGGCACUCCUGGAUCUGAACAGUCUCUAGUUUACCCACCGAUUCUUGAGAAAAGUCCCCUUUGGCUUAAAACAUUCAACUCUUGCUUUCUGUUUUUUUGCUGGGCAACUGAUCCUCAGUCAGAUUAAGAACGCUAGCAUCCUUUGCAGAUUACAAGGAACCAUAAAAUUAUUCAAGUAUUGAAAUCCCCCAAAACACCUAAUGGAUCUUUACAUUGUUUUACUGACACAGUUUUCUGCAUGAGCUCUGCACAACAGUGCUUUUAAGUAGUAUUUGGAUGAAAAAAUAAUUAAAUGCAGUAUGUUUGCAUUUGUAGACUGACACUUAGGUCAUGUGAAUACUUUAAUAGCAGGUCUGUCUUGCUAUGGCUAUAAAGAGGUUUUCAAAAAACUGUAAAGCAUUAUUUUUUUGUCUGAAAUAAAUAUUUAUUAUGUGUUUCAAAUACAAAUGGAAUUGUUCUUAUU